AUGCUGUUGCGAUUCAACGAGAAACGUCCAACCGUGUCAUCUAUGAAAGAGAAUGAAGGUCAACUUAUACUUUCGAAUAAGACAUAUGAUCUUGUAGACUUACCAGGCCAUGAACGUGUACGCUAUCGUUAUAAUGACUUCUUACCUGUUACUCGAGCUAUUGUGUUUGUGGUGGAUAGUACAACUUUGAAUAGACAGAUUCGAUCAGUAGCUGAAUAUUUGUAUGAUGUAUUAGCUAAAGCUCAAGUACAAAAAAAUCGUAUUCCUAUUUUAAUUGCAUGCAACAAGUCAGAUAUGAUUACGGCCUUACCAACGGAUAAAGUCAAGUUGAUGCUUGAGAACGAGAUUAAUCGUCUGAGAUCUACUCGUACAGCUAGAGUGGAACAAUCAGAAGAAGAUGAGACUGAAGCAUACUUGGGGUAUGAAGGAGAAGAUUUCAAGUUUGAUCAUGUAGAUAAUCAAGUAGAGUUUGUAUCCUGUUCAGUGGAGAAGGAAGAUAUUGAAAAGGUUCAAGAGUGGAUUAGAGGUUGA